AUGAAGGUCCGGCCGGAGGAGAACGAGGCUCGGCUGAACAGAAACAAAGAACGGGGGCGCAGGGACAGGCCGGAGAGGGUCGACAGAAUGGACCGCCCCAGGGCAAAGGAGAAGGACAGACGCACGGACGCACAGGCCACGCAGGUCCGCUCCAUCCACCCACCCGUGCACAGAAAUGCUGGUAUCUCCACGUUGACAACUGGCCAGAGGAACAAGGAGUCACCAAGGGAGUCAUCGCCAAAACGGGGCAGAACCGGGGCAUUCCGGGUCACCUCAGGGUCAGAGAGGAACUACCCGGCCAGCGACACGUCUGGGUACUAUGACCUGACCCCGGACUCCUCCAGCGGGGCAUCCGGGGCAAAGACAUUCAAUUUAGAGGAUAUUCCGUACCCUACCAGAGAGAGUGAGAGGCACAGCCCCUCCAACAUGUCCCUCUCCUCCUCCUCCUCUGCCCCACCCACCCCGCCCCCGCCCCCCCCCACCCCAGACACCCUGGAUGCCAUCCCCAUUCCCCCACCCACCCUGGACCUCACCAACAUCCCCAAGCCGCCCGUCACCUUCACCAUCACCCCGCCAUCCCCCAUCCCCAGGCCCAAGAAGGACCCCCCUGCCAAGACCCAAGCCCCCGGUCCCCCUUCCUCCCAUGGCAGCUGCCCCACUGCCCCCCUUAUCCGUCCCCUUGCCCUGCCCCACGCCUGCCCACAGGGAGGAGUCCCUACCAGCCUCCCCGCCCCGGGAGGUGCCCCCCAUCGGAGGGGCGCCGGUUGUCCCCCGGGGGACAUGACAGCGACGACGACGAGCCCCCCGUCCUGCAUCCCACGGCCCCCGAGCCCCGCCCCACCCACCACCAGCCACACCACCAAUAUAGUGAGUUUUGUUUAUGUUAAGAGAUAA